CAAUGGGCACUGCCAUUGGGCAGAGACUUUGCCCAAUGUUUCAGUGUACACAUCCUCGUUGUUGUUUCGAAAGUAAAAUGUGUUCCGAGCAAUGCAUUGACUCUCCCUCGAUUAGCACUAGCAUUAAUAUCGCUGUUGACCACAUGAGUUGAUCAUGGACACCUGUACGUGGCAGAACGUGAUGUUGGAGCAACGGGAGUGGAAAGCGGACUCUAAACCGAUGCUGAGUGGCCAGAUCGAGUCCAAUCUGCUCCUCAGGUUACACCUGGAAGACCUUGAGAGGAGACUAGAGGAGAAGGAGAACAAACUCACAGCGGCCCACGAGACCAUCAGAGCUCUAAGAGAUAAGGUCCAGUCACUGCAGGAGCAGCUGGAUUUUAAGAAAGGGAUGCACCAGGAACAGCGACUUUUAAGAUCCUGCUAUGUCCGAGCCAACAGUGAAGCCAACUCCUUGGUUCCUGUCGACCAACCCACUGUUUUCCUUUACGGCACCUCUGCCACCAACCCCACCGGCCUGUCAUGCUCCGUCCGUAGUGCUGAAAAGUCACCACAGCAUUUGACCUUAACUGUGAGUUUGGAGGACUGCAGACACACACUGAGACCAGAUGGAGUCUUCAAAUUACUCGAAAGGAAAAACGAUGCUGGGGAAGACGAUGGACGUGAUAUAGGUAGUCAUUUAAACCGUGAAAAUGAAACCUUCUUCUCCCAGACGGAAGAUUCUCUUCCAUCUGAGGUGCGAACACGAGAAGAAUGGACGAACGGACAUUAUUCCUGCAGUCAGUGUCGUAGGACGUUUUCGCAAUCAAUCCUCCUUAAUCUGCACCUGAAAAUGCAUGAUGUUUCCCCUUUUAAAUAUUUGCGUCACUCUGGGCGACAAUCACACAGCAAGGGACAGACCCAUGAAUUGUCAUACUCCUGCAAUCAAUGUGGCAAGACUUUUUCUCAGUCAAACCAUCUUAAAAUACACCAGAGAGCACAUGAAAGACCCAUUGAAUCUCACCAGUAUGUUAAAGAUGAACAAAAUAUCCUCCAAAAAGUGUCCUAUGACUGUGAUCAAUGCAGUAAGACUUUUCCUCAGAAAAACUACCUUAAACUGCACCAGAGAAUGCAUAGAAGGCCUACUCAAUCUUCAAAUCAUGUUAAAGAUGCAAGAAUGUCCAUCAGAGAAAUGACUUAUCCCUGUGAUCAAUGCAGUAAAACUUUUCCUCAGAAAAACUACCUCAAGCUGCACCAGAGAACGCACGGUAGAAUGUUACCCCUCAAAAUUGCCAGUUCAAACGAGGGACAAGCACAAGAGAAGAAAAGGACUUCGUCUCCGCAGUGCAGAACAUUUGGGAGCGAAAGGCCCUUUACUUGCACCGGCUGCGAGGAUGUCCGUAAGCUCAGUCUGUUCGAAGCUCUGCGUUGUGGCCCAACUGGAAGAUCCACAGGGGAGAGACCACACCUUUGCUCUGGAGCCCUCAGAGGGACCCCACUGGAGAUUGGAGGCUCCUACCACCUCACCAUCUAUGGGGACAGCUUCAGUCCCAUGACCAUACCACCUCCACACUAG